AUGGUACAGGGGUUACUUAUUCGAAGAAAGGAAAAACGCCAACAGAAAAAGGCCAGGCCUACAAUAGGAAAGUACAAGAAAAUAAAGAGGGCGUGCACGCCUGAGGAAAAGGAAAAACGACAGAUAAGGAACAAGAUAGAGGCCCAUUUGAAGGAGAAGAGCAAGAAAGUAUAA